ACUGAGUGGAGAUUCAGACCAGGCUGGAAACAUCCUUCCCCCCGCCCCGUCGGGUCUUGGGGGGCGCUGCGGGCGGUGACGGCUCCUAACCUUCGAGGCCCAGCUCAGCCGUGGGGUGCCGGAGGGCGGGGAGCAGCGUGAGCGCGCCCCGCAGGGGUCUCCUCGGCCCUUACAAGGAGUCGGCGGCGCUCGGGGCGGCCCCGCCCGCCGGCACCCCCCGCCCGGCCCCUCCUCCCCACCGGGUCUGGCGGGGCCGCGGGAACGCCGCCCGCUGGGCGCCGGGCCCGGGAAGCGGACGCCGACGCCGCCGGGCCCGCGAGUGCCAGCCAGGGGGCCCGCCGCUCGCUCCCGAGGCCCCGACGGGCGGGCACGCUGCUCGGGGCCCUGAGGCGGGACCCGCGUCUCUCUCCGCAGCGUCGCCAUGGCCUCGGUGUUCGGGAAGCCCCGCGCGGGCGGCGGGCCGCAGAGCGCGCCCCUCGAGGUCAACUUGGCCAUCCUGGGGCGCCGCGGGGCGGGCAAGUCCGCCCUGACCGUGAAGUUUCUGACGAGGAGGUUUAUCAGUGAAUACGACCCCAACUUGGGUAAGGACCCACCCACUGCUCCCCGUUCCUCUGGCUGUGUCCCAUUGGACUCUCCCCUGCACACCCACGUACACUGUGAGGACACCUACAGCUCCGAGGAGACCGUGGACCACCAGCCUGUCCACCUGAGGGUCAUGGACACUGCAGACCUGGACACCCCCAGGAACUGUGAGCGCUACCUGAACUGGGCCCACGCCUUCUUGGUGGUAUACAGCGUCGACAGCCGCCAGAGCUUCGAGGGCAGCAGCAGCUACCUGGAGCUGCUCGCUUUGCACGCGAAGGAGACGCAGCGCAGCUUCCCGGCUCUGCUGCUGGGCAACAAGCUGGACAUGGCCCAGUACAGGGGACCCCGGCUGGUCUUUGCGCCUGAGCCUCCUGCAGAGCUGUCACUCGGGGGGCAGUGCGCCAGGGCCUGUGGCAGCCGGGCGCAUCUGGGAGCUGUGCAUUUAGCACACGCCCAGGCCCGGAGCCUCCUCUGUCGCUUCGGGGUGACUGACCUCUUGAAUGAGUGGCCGCUGAUGGCAAACAGGCUCCACCUGACUUUCACAGUCAGCAAGAACCAGGAGCCCAAUACUUUCCUUCUUAUCUGUUGGCCUCAACUAACAAGAAAACAUCCAAACCCUCCUGCCAGCCCAGAGGAACAGGCUGGCCAGGACCCUCUGUCUGGAGCACCAUCAUUGCAGGGGGAUGUGUGGUAUGCCCACUCUGGGCCUCUAUUUCCUUGGUUAUCAAUAUUUAACCACGGAGCAGGGAGCCAAGGCUGGCCUUUUACAGCCUCUGCUUUCUCACAGAGAGGGUCAUGGCCUCAUGUGAUAUGCUCACAGGAAGCUAUAAAAUAAGACCUUUGGAGGGCUGGGGGUGGGGAGGCAAGGCGCAUGAGGCUGUGUGGGUGACCCAGAGAGGAGGAAGCAGGUCGGGUUGAACAGCCCUGAGUAGCAAGGGCUUGGUGCGGAGGCAGGAGCAACGCGUUCCCCACCAGGCCAGACACAUUCAAUUCUGAUCAUCAGUGGGCUUUGCUACCCACCAGCCCCUUGCAUCUCCAACAACCCUUGGAGCUGGCUUAGCAAGGAGUAGGGUUCCCAUUUCCCAAAUGACAAAAGAAGUUGAAAGAAGUCACAUGGCAGGUGCAAGCUCCUCUAUGAGUUAAUGCUGGCCAACAGUCUGGAUGAAAGAGAAAAGGAGGUGCAGUGGGGACCUAGGGCCUGAACGGAACUCCAGCUCCUCCUCAUUCCAUCACUCAUUCAUUCAAUGAAUAUUACUCAAACACCUACUGUGGACACAGGUAAGCCAGACAGGCAAGGUCUCUAGUCUCCUGAAGCUCAUACUCUAGGGGACAGACAGUCCACAAAAAAAGUAAGUAAAACAUAAAUAAUUUCAACUAGUGACAAUUUCUGUGGAUAAUUUCAACAGCAAAAUGAUACAAAAUGAUACAGAUAUGGGGGGGCUAUGAUUACUGUAUUACUUUACUAAAAACUGAAUGAUGAAGAAUUAACUAUGCAAAAACCUGGGGCAGCAGGUGCAAAGGUGCUGAAGAAAUAAUGAGGUUCAUGAGUCUGAGAAACACACAACAAAAGGCAAGGCAGCUGAAGCAUGGUGAAGAUGGGAGGUGGCAUGGAACAGUUGGAGGGCAGACAGAAGCAGAUCAUGCCCCAAAACAGGAUAAGGAGUAUGGAUGUAGAGAGAAAUCACUGGAGGUGACAUCAUUGGACUGACAUUUAUCCAGGAUCAGUUGGCCUGCUGGGUGGACAGUGGUUUGUCAGGGAGCAAGAGAGGAGAUGGGAGCCUGUUGCAUUCAUCCAGGCAAGAGACAGUAGUGGUUUGGACCAGGUUAAUGCAGUGGAGAUCGUGAGAAGUGCUCAGAUUCAGGAUGUAUUUUGGAGAAAAAGGCAGCUCAUAGAUUUCGAGAAAAGGACCUCAAUUCUAACUUUCUUAAGCACAAAAAAAAUUUAAAAGGAAUUCAUUAGCUCGUAUAAUUGGGAAGAGCAGAGUGGAGCCAACCUUAGGGGUAAUUGAAAUCAGGAGCCUGAAGAUCCUUCGCUCUUUCUCUCUCUAGGUCUCUCCCAGUUCUCUCUGGAUAUCAGGCUCUUUCCUACAGGCUGGCCACCUCCUGGCAGCUGGACCAGACUGUGGGAAAUCCAGGCUCACACCCUCAUAGCCGGAGGGGGAAGGAGUCUCUUUUCUCAACUCCAGUUUGACAAUUCCUGGGACAGGACCCUAAUUAUCCAGAUAAUCUGGGUCACAAACCCACAUUUUGGAUCAGUUAUUGUGGUCAAGGGUGAAGUGCUAUGAAUGCUGGCUCAAAUCUCACGCCCAUCGAGUAGCCAAGAGAGAAAGGCUGUGAGCUGGACAGGCAUGCCAGUGUGGGUCCCUAAAGUGACUCUGGACCACAGUCGUCUGAAUCUGCCCUGGCGGAGUGUCACUGGGAUUGUGUCCCAGUGGUUCAAGAGGUGCCUGCCCCAGCCAAGGUUUUCCACUCUCCUGCCUGUGUCUCUCUUCUUCCUCCUCUCGUUCAGUUCUUUCUGCUAUAACUUAUCCAAUAACUAUUAUUCAGGUCUGCUCUGCGCCAGGAUUUUUGCUACUGGUGAACAAUCACAGGCAUUGUCCCUGGCCUCAUCGAGACUGCAGUCCUGUGGUCACACCAGGGAUCAUGCAGUUGACUGCUGUGUGAUAAGUGCCAUGAAGGAAACGUACACACAGAGAUGUGAGUUCAUUACCAAGCCCUCCCUUCCGCAUAGCGUCAAAUGUCGCCUCUGGACAAAUUAAUCUUACCUUGAACUCUCCUGACCUCUGCAGCCCCUAGUCUCCCUGCCUGGAAGACGGCAGGUUAUUCCUGGAAGACGGCAAUUAGUGGUGGAAGGCAGUGGAAAGGGCUUUGAACUUUCCCCUGCUACCCUAUCUGCCACCUCAUGCUCUGUCUAGUCUCAGCUUAAACAUUAUCUUGUCAGGGAAGCUUUCCAUAUCAGUUAAGAAUUGUGAUUGGCUCCGGGUAACAAAGACCCAAUUUCAAUGGUUUAAAUACACAAGGGCUUAUUUUUUCAUAUGGAAUUUGAGAGGUAGCCAGUUACUAAUUUAACUGCUCAAAAGCUCAAGGAAAUCAGUGCUUAGAUUUCUGAGAUUUCCCUCAAGGCUGAUGCAGCCCUUGCUAUGAUGUUCAAGUUCCGAGGAGAAAAAGAAAAAGGGAAAAAAGACAAUAAAAAAAUGUGGCUAUCAAGUAUCAUGGACAAAUAACCCGACAGAGAGUAAAUCCAGACAACGCAGAGAAUUACAGACGAUGAUGGCAUUCCCAUAGCAGGUUAACCAGGGAACUUUAUUGCCAGGGGAACCUCACGGGUCAUGCCCAGUGGGAUUUGAUAACUGCCAUGGACCAGGAUGGCUGCACAGACUGUAACAGAGCCUUCUAACUGUCUCUAGAACACAUUUUUACCUUCUUCCUUUUCAUAAAAGAGCCCUCUGAAUUUUAGAGUCAUAUGGCCCACCCAGCUAGAGACCACAUUUCCUAGAUCCCUUGCAGUUUGGGGUGCUCCUUUGAUUUGGUUUUGCAUAAGAGAUGAGAGACAGUAUAGUGUAGUACUUUUGAAUUACUCUUUUUCUUUUUUUGCAACUUAUAUAAACCUUCUAAUUGGUGUGUAACCUAUACACAGAAAGGUAAACAAAUAUUAAGCUGCGGCUUAGUGGGUUUUCAUGUGUGAACAUACCUACAUGUGGGAACUUACAUCCUCCAGAUCAGAAUAUCGUCAGAAGCUAGAAGCCUUCUUGUGUCCACUUCUGGUUCCUGACCCCACCCCCUCGAAGGCAACCACUAUCUUGACUUUUAAUAGCAUAUGUUAGCUUGCCUGUUUUUAUGUUUUCCAUAAAUGGAAUCUAUCAAUAUGUAAUCUUUUGUGUCUGGCUUCUUUUGCUUAACAUUAUA